AUGGCAAAGGAAAAAGCAUUGGAGGCAUUACAAGGAUCUACUGAUGAGUCAUAUGCUCUAUUGCCAUCAUAUCUCCAUGCUCUAAAGUCUUCUAAUCCUAGCUCAGUGGUUGAUUAUCAAACUGAUGAUGAAGGCAGAUUCUUGUAUAUGUUCAUGGCAUUUGGAGCUUCCCUUCAAGGAUGGAAGUAUUGUAGGCCAGUCAUAUCAGUUGACGGAACAUUUUUAACAGCUAAAUUUGCAGGAACAUUGUUCAUGGCAUGUGCCAUGGAUGCCAAUAAUCAUAUAUUCCCAAUAGGUUUUGGCAUCAGAGAUUCUGAGAAUGAUUCUUCUUGGAUUUGGUUUUUCCAAAGAUUAAGAGGUGCAUUAGGAUCUCGAGAUAAUCUGGUUAUUGUUUCAGACAGACACAGGAGUAUUGAGAAUGCAAUAUCUACUGUGUAUCCAGAUGCAGAACAUGUCUUAUGCACCUAUCAUUUGUUGAACAACCUAAAAUCUGCAUUGAAGUUCAAGGGCCAUGAUGUGCUAUUUGAGAAUUGUUCAAGAGCUUAUUUAAAUAUUGACUUUGAGUUUUAUAUGCGCCAAAUGGAGUCAAUCAAACCAAGAAUUCGUGAAUAUCUUCUUCAAGUUGGAUACGAGAAAUGGGCUAGAUCAUAUUCUACUAGAAGAAGAUACACCAUUAUGACCUCAAAUAUAUCUGAAAGCUUAAAUUCUGUUUGGAAAGAAGCUAGAGACUUUCCUGAAAUAUACAAGAUGCAGCAAAAAGUAUUGCUUAUUUUAUUUGUUAAACUAGAAAAAAAAAAUUAUAAAGUUUAUGUUGUAGCUUUAUUGGAAAAUUUAAGGCAAAAUGUUCAAAAUUGGUUUGAUACACGUUGUUUGGAAGCAGCAAGCACAUUUACAAGGUUGUCAAAAUGGGCAGAAGACCAGCUUGUUGAGCAAAAUCGUCUAGGUAGAACUAUGAAUGUAUACUCUAUUGGUCAUCAAAUUUACCAAGUUGUUGAUGGUAACUUAGAAUUUGUUGUUGAAAUUCUAAAGCGCAGUUGCACUUGUCGCAAGUGGGACUUAGAUGAAAUCCCUUGCUCGCAUGCAUGUGCUGCCAUAAGAAAAGAUGUUUUUGUGAGCACAUAUAAUGGAAUAAUCCAUUCAGUGGGAAGUCAAAAGUUUUGGGAUAUUCCUGAUAUUGUCAAAGAUCAUGUUGUGCUGCCACCCAUUGUAAGGAGAAGAGCUGGCAGACCAAAAAAGAAGAGGAUUCCUUCAGUUGGUGAAAAAAGGAGGCAAAUCAAGUGUGGUAGGUGCAAUGAAAAUGGACACAAUCAUAAAAGAUGUAGAAAUGCUAUUCAUGUGAAGAUGAAAUCUAUGAAGAGGUUGAAAUCUUGUGUUCAUCCUCAUUAA